UAAAAUCGGUUUAUUUCGACUUCAGCGCUAGAUGCUGACGGACGCUAAAACGGUUUGGCGCGCAACGCUGCGAAGUUAUUGAAAACAAGUAAAAAUCGGUGCAUUCGCGAAGUUGAAUAACUGUGAAAUUAAGUAAUCGCUGUUGAGGGACUUUUCGGUUAUUAUAACGUGAAACCGGAUAUCACUUACUGUUCGCAUUUUUUAACUGCAUUACCGGAAGUGAGGUGAAAUCAAUUAAAUAAUUUUGGCGGUGUUUGUGCAGAAAUACCUGAGUAUAGAAAAAAAUGUUCACCACACGUUUAUUACCUCACCUAUUACCGGCAAUACUUUAUUGCCUCGUCAUACGGCUAGCGCCCACAGCGGCUCAACAAGCAUUCAUCAAACUCUGUGAUGUACAAAAUUUUGAUGAUUAUCUGGCGCAGACGGGAAAAGUGUAUCACGACGAGCGAGAGCGUCAAUAUCGUGAAUCAAUAUUUAUUGCUAAAAAAUCACUCGUCGAUUUGACGAAUAAAUAUGCGGCUUCCGGGUUGAGUUCAUUCCGUUUGAACAUAAAUCCUUUGGCGGAUUUGACGCGUCGUGAAGUAGGGAGAUUGACGGCAUCAAGGAUUACAUUUAUUGGAGAGGAAAUCACCUCUAAGCAUACAAAUUUCGUCACUGCCAAGGCGAAUCUACAAAAUCUCCCCGACUCAUUUGAUUGGCGCGAAAAGGGUGGUGUCACACCGCCCGGCUUUCAGGGCUUCGACUGUGGUUCGUGUUGGUCUUUCGCCACGGCUGCGGCGCUUGAGGGACAUUUGUUUCGACGCACCGGCAUACUGGUGCCACUCUCACAACAGAAUCUCGUCGAUUGUGCUGAGGAGUAUGGUAAUAUGGGCUGUGAUGGUGGCUUCCAGGAGUAUGGCUUCGAGUAUAUACGCGAUCAUGGCAUCUCGAUAGCGAAUAAUUAUCCAUACACACAAAUGGAGAAUGCGCAGUGUCAUCGCAACGAUACGGGCAAGGGUGUACAGAUACGUGACUAUGCGCGCAUUAAACCCGGCGACGAGGAGAAAAUGAAAGAAGUCAUUGCAACACUGGGACCGCUAGCAUGCUCCAUCAACGGUUCGCCCAUAUCGUUUGAGCAAUACAUGGGCGGCAUAUAUGAUGAUAAUGAAUGCAAUCAGGAGGAGGUGAAUCAUUCGGUUGUGGUGGUCGGUUAUGGCACCGAGAACGGGCGCGACUAUUGGAUUAUUAAGAAUUCGUAUUCGGAGAAUUGGGGUGAAGCUGGUUUUAUGCGUUUACUGCGGAAUGCGAAUAGCUUCUGUGGCAUUGCCAGCGAGUGUAGUUAUCCGAUAUUGUAGAAGUAGUUAAAGUAACGAAUAUUGGUGUUAGUAUGUAUUUAUACUAAAGAUAGUAUUAUUAUAUUGUUAAAUGCAUUCAAAUGUUUACUAGCAAAAUUUUUUAUAUAAGUUUAGUGAAAACAAAACACUGUUAUGUUUAUAUUGAUAUUUAUUCUAAUUCUAAAUUAAAUGAGAUUACUAUUAUAUUAUUUUUAAA